UUUAUAGUACAGUAUUCAGAUGUGUUCCAGGAGAGGUGAGAAAAUCUCAGUGCGCAUGCGCAUCGUAGUCAUCUGACGGAUGAGCGCUGUGGACGCUUCGCGUUACCGCUACACCCCAGGGCCACCGCUGUAACACAGAGCGGGACACGCAGCCUCCAUGAGGGACCGUCUCCUGCAAGAGUAAAACUGUCAAACAAACGAAGAGUGACCAGGAAAGACUAUCCGGAGGUUUGGUGGUUUGCAUGCGGUGAAAGAGCUCCUGAAAUGUAGCCAGCAGCGUGAGUGUGGGUCGUUGUAAUCGCUCGGUCGCUGCAUGGCUCUUCACAGGGAUGCCAUGAAAAUCAGAACAGCCGACUGAGAGACCGCUGCUCCUCGCUAUCACAGACACAGGCGGCGGCGGCGGCGGUGGUGGUGGUGGUGAGCGAUGGAUACUGGUGGAAAGAUCCACAUUAGGUAGCGUUUACGAAGAUCCAAGGAGAGCUGACCGUCUCUGUCUCGUCUAGUCGCCGCCGGAGCUGUUUAAAGGAUGGAUUUCAGCCUGCUCCGGAAUAUCAUCCGCAGAUACUGUGUGGGGGAGGAGAACUGGGUGGACAAUCGGACGGUGUACAUCGGGCAGAAAGAACCCCCUCCGGGAGCUGAGGCCUACAUCCCUCAGCGUUACCCCGACAACCGCAUCGUCUCCUCCAAUUACACCUUCUGGAACUUCAUUCCCAAGAACCUGUUCGAACAGUUCAGAAGAAUCGCUAACUUCUACUUCUUGGUCAUAUUUCUGGUCCAGCUUAUCAUCGACACCCCCACCAGCCCAGUCACCAGCGGCCUGCCCCUCUUCUUUGUUAUCACUGUCACCGCCAUAAAACAGGGCUAUGAGGACUGGCUCAGACACAAGGCUGACUGCUCUAUAAACGAGUGUCCGGUGGACGUGGUGCAGCAAGGGAAAGUGGUGAGGACGCAGAGUCACAAGCUACGGGUGGGGGACAUCGUUGUGGUGAGGGAGGAUGAGACUUUCCCCUGUGACCUCAUCCUGCUUUCGUCCAGCCGCCAUGAUGGGACCUGCUACGUCACCACCACCAGCCUGGACGGGGAGUCUAGUCACAAGACCUAUUAUGCUGUACCAGAUACCAUGGCCUUUAGAACAGAGCGGGAGGUGGAUUCUCUGCAUGCCACUAUUGAAUGUGAACAACCGCAGCCUGACCUCUACAAAUUCGUGGGACGCAUCAAUAUUUACAAGGACAAAGAAGAGCCUGUGGCGAGACCUCUUGGGGCAGAGAACUUGCUCCUCAGAGGAGCAACACUGAAGAACACACAACAUAUUUAUGCUGUUGCAAUCUACACUGGCAUGGAGACCAAGAUGGCACUUAAUUAUCAGUCUAAAUCUCAGAAGCGCUCCGCUGUAGAAAAGUCGAUGAAUGCCUUUCUGAUCGUGUAUCUGUGCAUCUUGAUCAGUAAAGCGGUGAUCAACACUGUUCUGAAAUAUGCUUGGCAGUGGUCUCCUGACCGAGAUGAGCCCUGGUACAACCACAGGACUGAGAAUGAGCGCCAGCGCCACGUGGUGAUCCGAGCUUUCACAGACUUCCUGGCCUUCAUGGUCUUGUUCAAUUACAUCAUCCCGGUGUCUAUGUACGUGACAGUGGAGAUGCAGAAAUUUCUAGGCUCCUAUUUCAUCACCUGGGAUGAGGAGAUGUUUGAUGAAGAGUUGGGAGAGGGAGCACAGGUUAACACCUCCGACCUGAAUGAAGAGCUGGGACAGGUGGAAUAUGUGUUUACAGAUAAGACAGGCACUCUGACUGAGAAUAACAUGGAGUUUAUUGAAUGUUGUGUCGAUGGGAACGUCUACAUUCCACACGCCAUCUGCAACGGCCAAAUCCUCAGCGCUGCCUCCAGUAUAGACAUGAUUGAUUCCUCACCUGGAGGAUACAGAAGAGAACACGAAGACCUGUUUUUUCGGGCGCUGUGUCUGUGUCACACGGUGCAGGUGAAGGAGGAGGAGACGGUGGAUGGCAUUAAGAGGGGUAUCCACCAGGGCAGGCCCACCUCCUUUUACAUCUCCUCCUCACCGGAUGAGGUGGCUUUGGUGGAAGGAAUGAAAAGGCUGGGUUACACCUAUCUGAGACUGAGAGACAACUACAUGGAGAUCCUCAACAAAGAUGAUGAGAUUGAAAGGUUUGAGCUGUUACAUGUACUGAACUUUGACUCUGUAAGGCGGAGAAUGAGCGUCAUCGUCAAGUCGAGCUCAGGAGAAUACCUGCUCUUCUGUAAGGGGGCAGACUCAUCCAUUUUUCCUCGGGUGGUGUCUGGGAAGGUGGAGCAGGUGAAAGCGCGGGUGGAGCAGAAUGCUGUGGAGGGGCUGCGGACUCUCUGCGUCGCCUAUAAAAGGCUUUCAGAGUCCGAAUACGAGGAGGCGUGUCAUCACCUGAACAAAGCCAAACUGGCCCUGCAGGACAGGGAGCAGAGGCUGGCUCAGGCCUAUGACAUCAUCGAAAGGGACUUCGUGCUCUUGGGCGCUACGGCAGUAGAGGACAGGCUCCAGGAGAAAGCUGCGGACACCAUUGAGUCACUGCACAAGGCCGGGAUGAAAGUUUGGGUCCUGACGGGAGACAAGAUGGAGACGGCAGCGGCUACCUGCUACGCUAGCAAGCUGUUCCGUCGUAGCACCCAGAUUCUGGAGCUGACCAAGAAACGCACAGAAGAGCAGAGUCUGCACGAUGUUCUUUUCGAACUGAACAGGACCGUUCUCAGACAACGCUCUAUUUCUGGUUUGUCAGUAGACUGCCUUGACUUCGGCCUGAUUAUCGACGGGGCCACUCUGUCUGCAGUACUAAAGGCCAACCACGAGGGUGUCGGCAACUACCGAGAGAUCUUCCUAGACAUCUGUCGCAACUGUAGUGCUGUGCUCUGCUGUCGCAUGGCACCGCUGCAGAAAGCACAGAUUGUGAAGCUAAUCAAAGCUUCUAAGGAGCACCCUAUAACCCUUGCUAUCGGCGAUGGAGCCAAUGAUGUCAGCAUGAUCUUGGAAGCACAUGUGGGCAUUGGAAUAAUGGGUAAAGAGGGCCGUCAGGCAGCAAGGAACAGUGACUACGCCAUCCCGAAGUUCAAACACCUGAAGAAGAUGCUACUUGUUCAUGGCCAUUACUACUACAUCCGAAUUGCUGAACUUGUACAAUACUUCUUCUACAAGAAUGUAUGCUUCAUCUUUCCUCAGUUCCUGUAUCAGUUCUUCUGUGGGUUCUCCCAGCAGCCUCUGUACGACACAGCCUAUUUGACGUUGUACAACAUCAGCUUCACCUCGCUCCCCAUCCUCCUCUACAGCCUGGUUGAGCAGCAUGUCACUAUGGAGACACUCAAGAGGGAGCCCUCCUUGUACAGGGAUAUCGCAAAGAACUCCCUCCUCCGCUGGCCUGUCUUCCUGUACUGGACAUGCUUGGGCGUGUUUGAUGCUGUUAUCUUCUUCUUUGGUGCCUACUUCCUGUUUGACAACACCACCUUCACCAGCAAUGGCCAGCUUAUGACCACCAACACACAGAUGAUGUUUGGGAACUGGACCUUCGGGACUCUUGUCUUCACUGUGCUGGUGUUCACUGUUACACUCAAGCUUGCCUUGGACACACACCACUGGACCUGGAUCAAUCACUUUGUCAUCUGGGGGUCACUACUUUUCUACGUUAUUUUCUCUCUUCUCUGGGGAGGCAUCAUUUGGCCCUUCCUCAACUACCAGAGGAUGUACUACGUGUUCAUGCAGAUGCUGUCUAGUGGUCCGGCCUGGCUCAGCAUCAUCCUGCUCAUUACAGUCAGCUUGCUUCCAGAUGUCAUCAAAAAGGUCCUCUGCAGGGCCAUGUGUCCGACAGCUACUGAACGUGCACAGGAUCAUGAGAAGCUGGCGCAGGGUAUUGUGGCGGAGUUGACUCCACUGUCCUCUCGUCGCUCCUUCAAAGGCACAAGCACGGACUCCUCUCACCUCCACCUCGCCGCUGUGGAGACGCUGUCGCUCCGCAGGUCUGAUCCCCUUCCCCAAAAACUCCUGGCCCAUUUGGCCGAAGGAGGAGGGGCAGACUUGUGCUCUCUCAGCCCCUACGUGCUCCGUCUUUCAGGGGCAGGAUUUGUCUACCACGCUCCAGGGCCAGAGACCUCUGUGUGAACACAAACAAAGACUCUGAAAUGUUGUGUACGUGAUGCUCGUGGGCUAAUGCGCACAGUGUAUCCCAAGAUGUGCGACCAAGAUCUGCAUCUCAAGGAUCAAGGAUUUAUACAGCAAAAUACAAACCAACAUGUUCAUACACAUGAAGUUCACCAUGUGCAUUUUCUGGGCUACUCCUGAGUGGACAACCCUUUAGAUAUUAUUGCCCUAACUUCUCAUUUUCAUACUUUAGUAACAUCAUUUUGUUCUUGCCCAGUCCCUGUCUUAGUCUCAUCAAAGUUCUUACCCAAACUCUUUGUAAGAUUACUUGAAAAAGUCUAAGAACAAAAGGGGAACCAUGUGCGAAGGUGCAUUGUUUAAUGCACUGUAGAACUGUUUCAACAUGUCAACAGUCUGGACUUUUUGUAGUCCGUGUCCUCAUUUUCACUCACAUUCUUGCCUGUUUCUCCACUUUCGUGUCCUUUUUCGCUUCUUUGUAAAUGUUUGUUAAAAAACAUUUAUGUACAGUAUGUGGUCUGGCCAAGUAAGGGCAACUGUCAAGCUCAGCCCUUUAGGUGUGCGUGCGUGUGCAUGUGUGUAUGGGUGCUUGCAUGCAUGAAUAUGCCUGUACUGUAUAUUUGUAUGUGACACACCUUUGCCUUACAGGUAACCACACAGCAGCAGGCUAGGAGCCAAAGGAGAAAGGUGUAAAAGCAGAAGUGGUGUAUUACAAAGCCUUACACACACACACACCCAUCAGCUGAAGGAAUGAAACGGGGGAAAAUCUGAAGAGGGAUGUGCAGUAUUCUAGCCACCCUGCCUUAAUUCAUAGAUACCCAUUUUCAGUGGAUUAUAUUUCUAGGUCAGUGUAAACAUGUUUGUGAGUGUUUUGGGGGUUCGAAGGACAUUUGUGUCUGGUACAGUGUGUCUUAUUACUCUUCUUUCUCCAUCUGGAUCGUGUCGAUCUUUGUUUUCCUUCUUAUCUGCCAGUGUAGCAUGUCGAAUCUCCCUGCUGCAUGCUGAUCUGUUCUCUCGUUUGUUCCUUAUCCUCCUUUAGUCCCAGACAUCAUUCUUCACAAACCAUAUCAUGACACCUUUUCUUUCUCCUAACAAUGAGCAUAUAGUACCCACUCCUGCCUCCAUGUGGCCAUGUAGGGUAACAGCAGCAUUGUGAAGUUGCAGACACUGGAGGUGGCUCGUGGGAGUGCAGUGCCCAGCAGCCCGGGACUGACGGGGUCUUUAUUUAUGGAUGUCCUAAAUGACUUGCUAUUCCUCACUGUUGCAUUGUGCUUGUGUGUUUGCUGCCAUGCGCUGUGUUAUGCAAAAGUUAAUGUCAGAUCUGUAAGAAUGCUAAUGUCAUGUUGUCAUAUUAUAAGGGGGUUUUUCUCUGUCUUGCAUUAAUUCAUGAGUUUUUCCUGUAUUGUUACAAGAUGAUUGAUGGCAGUCACUGUUGAUGUAUGGAUGUAAUUUAAACUUUUGAUAUAUAUAUAUUGUGAGACGGGGCGUUGUAGUCUGUUAUAAAUAGGAGGGAGACUUGAAUCGGCGAUGUCACAAUCAAACCAAUAGAAUGUUGAACUGAUUUGUCCAUCAUGUCCUCCAGCUGAAGAUUGUAGCUCAUUAUGGAUGAACCUCUUUUCUGCAUUUCUAACAUCUGAAGUCCUCUGUGUCCAAAGCAUAUCCGUUGCAUUACACAGUGAGUGACUCGGGAAGUCUUGAAUGUCAGAUUGAAGCAUUUUUGUAUGUUUCUACAGUUUAUUUUCAUACACAUCACCAUCUGCCAACAGGUAUAGAUUUAAUAACAGGCAUUCAGUACUUUUUUCUUUUUUUUUUUUUACUGGGGCACAGAUUAUAUAUCUUUUUUUUUUGAGGUCUAGAUUUGUUUCAUUCACUUUUCACUCAAAGGCCACAAGCCUCUUUGUCAGUGUUUUGACUCGUGGGCUCAACCUCCUGACCUCAGUGAUUCUAAAGAAAGGACUUUGGUGCUUGUUAUGCAGUGUCCCACCUCACUGUGCUGUUGCCAUAAUGUAUUCAGACAUAUUCUAAGUGUCACAUACCAAUCCCACCACAAUAAUACUGUAUUUUAUUUUCAUGAUGUGAUGGGUAAUUUUUUUGUAUUCAAAGACUGUCAUUCUUCAAACACAAUUUGAGUCCUCCACAGCUCAAUUUUUCACUACUACUUGUCAUUUUUUGUGUUGUCCAUUGGUAUUUUUUGUGAAUAUUUCUUUUGCUACUUUUGUAUCCCAGAGAGAAGACUAUAUUUUAACUCUGUUAGAAUGUGUGUUCAAGUUUGUAACCAAAAUGAGAGCAGCAUAUACAUUAUAUGAGAUCAUUAGAGAUGUACCAAUAGGUCUACACACUGCACUUUGUUCUACAACAGAUCAGUUUUCCCCUAAAACAAGGUCUAUUGUCUGUCAACUGGGGUUUAUAAGUGUUCACUCUUCCACACAAGUUAUUUUUCUAAGAAGAUUGUAGUGGGUGACAAAAAAAAGUGACCAAAUAACUUGACUAGGAAUGAACUGUAUGUAGGUGUCAGCCUCUGUCUCAAAUGGGUUUAUCGCACCAGCCUUCUACUGCUGAUCAGAAUGUCAAACUGCUUUUCUAAGUCCAUCAGCACAACAACAGGGGCUCAUCCUGUCACUCCUGAGCUUGGCAAAGGUCUGAAAUGUCAACUCGUGUGCUCUGAGCAGCACGCUUCAUAUCAUACCUUCAGUACAGCACUGUUUGUAUUACUUAACAGGUUUUAAGAAAUUUCUUUGGAUAAAAGAUUUUAAAAGUUCACUUGUUGACUUUUUGCCAGCCUGUCUGUAGCAAAUCGAGGGCAAAGCACUGUAUUGUCAUUCUGCUUGUAAUAAAGAAAGAGUGAAAACA